AUUAGAGUGGCAAUGGCUAAAAGUUUAAACUUUGGCUAAAAGUUAAGAAAAAAAUGUAUCUAUGCUAACUAAUGUAUUCUUUUAUUCUUUUAUGCUAACUAAUGUAUCUAUUUUAAGCUUAGAAAAAAGCGUUCUUCUACAUGCAAGCGCGCAGCGGAGCGGAUAGCGCACCAAUGGUGACGUGGCAGUGAAAAAAAAAAAAAAAACAAAAAUAGGCAAAAGGAGGGAAAUGUUUAGAAAGCACGAAACGUGCUUCGGAAGAUUGCUUCAGCUCCAUACAGUGUCGACGAGGAUUGCGACCGGCCUCCUCUGCGACCGGUUCCUCUCCGACAGCCUCCUCCUCGUACAUUUUGGUCUCAGCAACUGAAUCCCAGCCAGCAUUCCGAUUUCAAAUAUGGAGAAAGGGAAGGAGCAUGCAUCUUCUAGUACACCUCCUACCGCAGAGCAUCCAACAAAUCCAUUAACCCAGGCGAUAGAGAGCCAAUUGUUUCCCGAUUUGUCAAACUAUAUGCAUGGUUGUAAUCCACCAAUUCCACAUGCAUGGUUACCGCCAUUUGUAGCGCUUCCAGAUGCGAACCCAAUGACUUGGACAAGUCAGGCAAAUCCGCUACCUCCAUUUCAGUCAUCAGAUAACCCUCCGAUUGGAGAAGACUCUACAAGUUCAAGUUCAAGCCAUGCCGUUGAACUUGAAAAACAUAAUCUAGACUCUACGGGAAAUAGUAUGCCUACGUCCUCGUAUCAUGAUCAUGUUGAAUUGAAACAAGCCGAUCAAUUUGGGACUGGGGCAGAAAAUAUUGUCCAUACUGAGGGUGCCGAAAUCGUUGAGGAGCCGAAGUUGGGUAUGGUGUUUGAAUCUGAAGAGGAGUUACUUUGUUACUAUAAAAGAUAUGGGCAACAAAGCGGCUUUCCCAUAAUGACACAAAGGAGUCAUAGGUUUGAGGAUGAGAGUGUUAGAUAUGUGACAUUGGGCUGUGCUCGGGGUGGCAAGGCACGGAACCGUACGUCAAAUGUCGCUAGACCACGUCCGACGUGUAAGACAGACUGUAAGGCAAGGAUAAAUGCCUUAUUCAAGAAAGGGGUGUUGAAGUUGUCGAGUGUUAACAAUUCUCAUAAUCACGGUCUAAGUCCACAGAAGUCGAGGUUCUUUCGUUGCAACAGAGAAGUCAGUGAGUCUGUGAAGAGGGUGUUAGAUAUAAAUGAUCAGGCUGGGAUUAGAAUGAACAAGAGUUUCGCCUCUCUUGUGCAAGAAGCGGGUGGGUUUGAAAACCUGCCUUUUAAUGAAAAAGACUGUCGUAACUAUAUCGACAAGGCACGUCACCUUCGACUUGGGAAAGGUGGAGCUGGAGCCCUCCGUGAGUACUUUGCCCGGAUGCAAUACAAGAAUGACGGGUUUUUUUCACUAAUGGAUAUGGAUGAUGAUGGGCGGUUGAGGAAUGUAUUUUGGGCGGAUGCACGAAGUAGGGCAUCGUACAAAUAUUUUGGUGAUGUCGUCACAUUCGACACGACAUACUUGACAAAUAGAUAUGGGAUGCCGUUUGCACCGUUUGUUGGUGUAAACCAUCAUGGCCAGUCAAUUUUGUUGGGGGCAGCAUUAAUUUCUAGCGAGGAUACAGAAACGUUUACAUGGUUGUUUCAUACUUGGUUGAACUGUAUGGAUGGUGAAGCUCCCAAGGCGAUUAUCACAGAUCAAGAUAGAGCCAUGAAAAAUGCAAUAAGUCUCGUAUUUCCAAAUACCCGGCACAGAUUUUGCCUAUGGCACAUAUUAAAAAAAUUGCCCGAGAAACUAGGUUCACAUGGUGCAUACAAAACCGGGUUGAAAACUCAGUUGCUAAAUUGUGUAUAUGACUCUCACACAAUACAGGAGUUUGAGAGAUCUUGGGAGGAGUUAAUUACGAAGUACAACUUGCAGGAUAAUGCAUGGUUGAAGAGUUUAUACGAUGAACGUACGUAUUGGGCACCAGUGUUCAUGAAAGACGUUUUCUGGGCUGGAAUGAGUACAACCCAACGAAGCGAGAGCAUGAAUGCUUUUUUUGAUGGGUAUGUUCAUGCGAGGACAAACUUAAAAGAGUUCGUCGAUCAGUUCGAUAAUGCCUUGAGGAAGAAGAUUGAGAAUGAAAGUGCUGCAGACUUCCACUCAUUCAAUGUCACAAUUCCCGUUGUAUCUCCCUCGCCACUUGAGAAGAUUUUCCAAGACAUAUACACUUGCAAUAAAUUUAGAGAAGUUCAGAAAGAGGUAAUAGGGAUGCUUGCAACUCUUCCAACUCUUGACCGCAAGGAUGGGGUAAUUGCCACUUACCAUGUCGAAGAUGAAGUGAAUGUUGACGAUUUCAUCAAAGAGGUUACCCACACAGUCUACUUUAAUGAGGCCGAAUGUGAAGUGCAGUGUUCAUGUGCCUUGUUUGAGAUGAGAGGGAUUUUGUGUAGACAUGUCUUGGGCAUUAUGAGAGUUAACAAAGUCCGUACAGUUCCAGAUAAGUACAUACUAGAUCGAUGGAGGAAAGACAUAAAAAGAACAUACACUCUUAUUAGAAGUAGUUAUGACAUUGUUGAUCAGAGGCCUGAAGUGAGGAGAUAUUCACGUAUCAUCAAGAAAUGCUACGAAGUAGCCACAAAUGCAGCAUCAUGUGAUGAGCACACUGAGGAUAUUCUAGCUAAUUUAGAUGCAUUGAACAAUAGCUACCGCACGAAUAAGCCACCGUCUAAGGUUGUAAUUCAUACACCCGAUGAGUUGACAGCUGCGAGUUCUUCCAAAGUGCUUAGUCCCCAUGUAGUGCGAGGAAAAGGCAGACCGCCUUCUCUUAGGAAAAAAUCAAUGAUUGAGAGAGUGAAACCCGCGACGAAGAAGGCUAGUCAUAAAGCUAAACGUAAACAGGUUCAUUGAGUAGUCCAUGCAUAAUGACUUUCAGCUUCUAUUACUUCAAAAUGAGGUUUUCCUAAAAUACAUAUUUCUUAUCAUACACUCAGCUUAUUACGGUUUUUUUUUUUUUUUGUACCUCAUAGCCGCAUGGACUAGAAGAUGAAGUUGUGAGAACGUGUCGAAAUUUAUUUGGCCAAACAGAGGUUCCCAUUGAACAAAAUGUCCCAGUUCAGCCGCCUCAAAACACGAUAGAAGUGUUGGACUUUAGAGCCACCGAGUUCGGUGUUGCCGUUCAGGAGACUCAAGAAAGUAUGCAAUUUGGGACGGAUGGAACCCAGCCGUCGAGCUUGCCUGAGACACAACCGUGGGAAUAAGUCAGUUGAUGGGGUUUGUAUCUCGAAUGCCCCUGAAAUAUUUUUCAGGGGAAUAUUUUUUCCAUGCAUUGUGCAUAAAUCUGAAAAUUCUGGUUUUUUCAUAAUAUGUUUGUCUAUUAUUGCACUCAUUGAGAAAAUCUGGGUUUUGUAUGCACAUACUUGUCACUCCACUGCAGGGAUGGUCUGAUUCCAGUUCAAGUAGCAAAUUGCAAUAGAUUACCUGCAGUUUUUAACAAAAGUGGCCGAGUAAGGUGAUGGCAAGAUUUGUACAAAAGUAGCCGAGUAAGGUGAUGGCAAGAUGUUGGACAGUUGGUGUUUUGGUGCUUUUUUGAUGGGUGGACAGUUGCAACAGAUUGCUCUGGUUUUUUGAUGGGUGGACAGUUGCAAUGUGAAUAUUAUUUUUUGAUGGGUGGAACAAGGUGUAAUGUAAAGGUUUGAUGUGCUCCUGAUAGGAGAUGAUGUGGAUAUUUGUAUGUUGGUUGGAUAGUAGAUGAGAUGGUGUAAAUAUUAUUUUUUGAUGCAAUAC